AUGAAUGAUAACAAAUUCAUUGGUGAACGUGAACCGCUCCUUGGUAAAGGAUUCUCCCAAAAACAACCUUUGCCGGGCCCAUCGUGGGCCGAUUAUAGAGGAAAGAAAAUUAGUUCAUGCCGAAGAUGGAUUACAGGAGUCUUCAUCAUCCCUCAGCGGGUGGUGCUGGCAAUCUUUGGUUUCCUAGCGAUCCUCAAUGCGUACACAAUGCGGAUCAGCCUCUCGAUUGCCAUCACCGAGAUGGUUAAUAAAACCAGCACUCCGGAACAGGAGGAAGGCGUUUGUCCGGCAGACGACAAUCUCGGUCUGGGUGAAAACAACGGCGGCGAAUUCAACUGGGACCAAGAGCUGCAGGGUAUCAUUUUGUCCUCCUUCUACUGGGGUUACGUGAUAACGCAUUUACCGGGAGGCAUUCUGGCGGAAAAAUUCGGCGGCAAAUGGACACUCAGUUUGGGCAUCCUGUCAACGGCUUUCUUCACCCUGAUCACCCCAUGGGCGGUGAACUUGGGAGGAUCAACGGCGCUCAUCGUAAUUCGAGUGCUGAUGGGUCUGGGCGAAGGAACGACAUUUCCAGCUUUGAGUGCCCUUUUAGCUUCGUGGAUUCCGCUGAAAGAAAGAAGUAAACUUGGCUCGCUGGUGUUUGGUGGAGGACAAAUGGGUACGAUUCUCGGUAACUUGAUCUCUGGAUAUUUGCUACAUAACAUUGACGGAUGGUCGUCUGUGUUCUACUUUUUUGGCGGAAUGGGAGUUUUAUGGUUUAUCUUAUUUACGCUAUUUUGCUACAGCGACCCGGAGUCACACCCAUUCAUUAGUGAUAAGGAGAAGGAGUACCUUAAGCGGGAAAUGGGAACGUUAUCGCGUGACAAAACCCUACCGCCAACGCCGUGGCGUGCCAUUUUCACCAGCAUCCCAAUGGUUGCUUUAGUAUGUGCGCAAAUUGGUCACGACUGGGGUUUCUUUAUAAUGGUUACUGAUUUACCCAAAUAUAUGAGUGAUGUGCUACGAUUCUCUAUUAAAGAUAACGGUUUGUACUCGUCACUUCCGUACCUUCUGAUGUGGCUGGUAUCUCUGUCAACUGGAGUACUGAGCGAUUGGUUGAUCUCGAAUGGAAAGAUGUCCAUCACCUUUGGUAGAAAGCUGUUUACAACGAUUGCAUCUGCUGGUCCGGCUAUCUUCAUUGUGGGCGCUUCAUAUGCUGGUUGUGACAAAGCUUUAGUGGUGGCGCUUUUCACUCUAGCAAUGGGUUUCAUGGGUACCUUCUAUCCAGGUAUGAAGGUCAAUCCAUUGGAUCUGAGUCCAAAUUAUGCCGGAAGCUUAAUGGCUGUUACAAAUGGUAUCGGCGCCAUUACGGGUAUUAUAGCUCCAUACGUCGUUGGUGUGAUGACUCCAAAUCACUCCUUGGAAGAAUGGCGAAUCGUGUUUUGGAUUUCGUUUGCCAUUUUCCACGCGACUAAUAUCGUAUACUGUUGGGGAGCUUCCGGCAAAGUGCAACCCUGGAAUACGCCUCAUCUGCUAAACAAAUCCGUAGAAGCUGGUGAUUCUAAGCAAGACACGUUCAGUGAGAAAUCGAUACCAGCCCCGAUCAAAGCAGUUAAGUAAUUCGAAGCCUCACCGAAAAUGGUCUUGAAAUGCAAAUAGAACGCUAAGUUUGUCCAGACUUUUGCCCUGGAGCCAGUGCUAUUUUUAAACGCACCUGUUUAACUUCUCUGUUGAAGUAAGUCAUCAAUAGGUUUAUUGUAAAUCGAUAAAGAUCCCCUAUCCACAAGAAAUUUAUUUAUUGUACAUAUGCCUUCGACUUGAGUAAUGCCAAGUAUUACGUAUUUAGAUAGCAAUGAACUUUCAGCCUAUGCGAUUCCGGUGAUAAAAAUAAAAUUCGCAUAAAUAUUCAAUUUUGAUGUCUAGCCGACAUUGAACUGCAUAAAUCAAAAAUUAGAAAAAAGAAAAUGCUAAUAGAUGACAUUGCGAACAGGUUAUUUCAAUAAUAAUUUACAAUAAUGCUUCUCAUCGUUGCUGUUUUCAGCACUGAUCAUAUGGGUUGAAAAAGUCGAACUAAUUACGAAACAAAACAAACAUAAGAUAUUUUGAGUUAUACGUAGUUAUUAUGGGUCAACAUUGUGUAAGAAGUUGUCCCUUUUGUUUCUCAGGAACAAAAAAU